AUGGGCAUCCAGAACUAUUACAGCAAUCUGAAGGACAAAAUCCAGAAGAUCACAAAAAAGGAGGAACAAACCAGGGAAAUGGUCAACCCACCUCAAAUGCAUAAUCUUGGCGAGGAAAUACGUCAAUUGGUGCAUUCCAAAUCCUUCGAGAACGCCUACAGUACUGCCGCCCCCUUUCUAUUUGCCAGCUUAGGGGCGUGGCCUGGUUAUUGGCUGUUCAGAGGAAUGGAUUAUCACGUACAUCGGUCGCAUAUUCCAUUGCCCAUCUAUAUAAGACAGACAUACUAUCAAGCCAAAGUGGUGCAGCUUUUUAUUAUAUUGGCUGGCACGUAUACAGUUUUUAGAAAUAAUCGCAAUAAACUGCGAUUGAUGAACACAAAUAGCGUGGGUGAAUCUUAAAACCUUGGAAAAACUAGCAAUGGAAGUCCUUAAACCUGGUUUCAAAGAAAAUACAAAAGCAGAACAUCUGGAGCUGAACUUUUAAUUUGAGAAACACAAUUUGAACAUGUUUAAAAUAAAUUUCAGACUCAGAA